GACCAUGGAAUUUUGGGCUACAUCACUCGACUCGUCCGUGGUUAUAUAAGCCAGGCUGGUCCCGAGCCUAUCUGUUUAUAACUUCAAGUUUAUAUCUCUGUUUUGUACGUGAGAUAUCCCGAAAAUUCUGCAGGUCGUGUUUGUGUCCACUUAUGAUUAAUAUUAAUAUUGUGCCACCAAUCUCAUUUUUGUCUCCUUCGAGAGGUGAUGUUCCUGUGUAUGUCACUGGCGCAGAAUCGCGGACUAUUAAAGCAGUGGCCAUAGACGCGCCACCUGGAUCAUCGAUAUCUCAGUCUUUCAAUCAUUUACUAGCAUACAUUGACACACUCGGUACCAUGUCAGCUUCAUCACAGGAUCUUCCAAGGACACCCCUGCCGCUCACAUUACAACACCGUGAUGAGAUCGAUCAAACUGUACUCAAAAGAGUUCGCCCUAGCUACUUGAAGACGAUCCUUGAAGAUGAAGGGGCUAAUGAUGCCGCAAUAGAGCUGAUCAUGACAGGGACUAUCUGGGCGACCAGUGAAUUACUCAGGCGGGAAAACCUGAAGGAUAACCUUGAUGUGGGUGUGGCAUGGGCGGAGGGGACACUACAGCAGCGCCCUGAACUGCGGGGAAUAAUCCGCCACGCCUGUCAGACACGCUCGUUCUCCCACAUCGCUGACCUCGAUAUAUUUCAGAUACCUCAAGCUAGUGACCCCCCCGCGCCCUCGGCUGAAGAUGAGGACCAAUCAGACUUCCUUUACAAUUCAUUCGUCCGACCAUACGUUGGGAAGGCUGUGGACGGUUUCUAUGAGUACCUGAAAAAUAACAACAUGAAGUUCGCGGGAAGCGGCGACAAAGGACCAUACUAUGCGAAGUUCUGUUCAAUCGUACAAAGCUC